CAAGAUGGCGAUGGAGGGGCGGGCGAGGCGGCAGCGGCCCCGGCCCCCGCGCCGGCCCCAGCUCGGGCCCGGGCCCCCGAGGCCGCGCCCCCGCCCGCGGCGCCGCGCCUCCCCGGGCCACUGACGCCCGGCGCGCCCUCCCCCCGCGGCGGCGGCCGAGGCGCGGGGAGGCGGCGGCGGCGGCGGCCCGAGCCCAGCCCCAUGGCGCGGGGGGACGCCGGCCGCGGCCGCGGGCUCCUCGCGCUGACCUUCUGCCUGCUGGCCGCGCGCGGGGGGCUGCUGUUGCCCCAGGAGACGACUGUGGAGCUGCGCUGUGGAGUGGGGCCGCUACAAGUGAUCCUGGGCCCAGAGCAGGCUGCAGUGCUGAACUGUAGCCUGGGGGCUGCUGCCACUGGACCCCCCACCAGGGUGACCUGGAGCAAGGAUGGGGACACCCUGCUGGAGCACGACCACCUACACCUGCUGCCCAAUGGUUCCCUGUGGCUGUCCCAGCCACUAGCACCCAAUGGCAGUGACGAGCCAGUCCCUGAGGCUGUGGGGGUCAUUGAAGGCAGCUAUUCGUGCCUGGCCCACGGCCCCCUCGGAGUGCUGGCCAGCCAGGCUGCUGUCGUCAAGCUUGCCACACUCGCAGACUUCUCUCUGCACCCGGAGUCUCAGACGGUGGAGGAGAACGGGACAGCUCGCUUUGAGUGCCACAUUGAAGGGCUGCCAGCUCCCAUCAUUUCUUGGGAGAAGGACCAGGUGACAUUGCCUGAGGAGCCUCGGCUCAUCACGCUUCCCAACGGCGUCCUUCAGAUCCUGGAUGUUCAGGAGAAUGAUGCAGGCCCCUACCGAUGUGUGGCCACCAACUCGGCUAGCCAGCGCUUCAGCCAGGAGGCCCUACUCAGUGUGGCCCACAGAGGGUCCCUGGCGUCCACCAGGGGACAGGACGUGGUCAUUGUGGCAGCCCCAGAGAACACCACGGUGGUGUCUGGCCAGAGUGUGGUGAUGGAAUGUGUGGCCUCAGCUGACCCCACCCCUUUUGUGUCCUGGGUCCGACAAGACGGGAAGCCCAUCUCCACAGAUGUCAUCGUCCUGGGCCGCACCAACCUACUCAUUGCCAGCGCGCAGCCCCGGCACUCCGGCGUCUACGUCUGCCGCGCCAACAAGCCCCGCACGCGCGACUUCGCCACUGCCGCCGCAGAGCUCCGCGUGCUGGCGGCUCCCGCCAUCACUCAGGCGCCCGAGGCGCUGUCGCGGACGCGGGCGAGCACAGCGCGCUUCGUGUGCCGCGCGUCGGGGGAGCCGCAGCCAGCGCUGCGCUGGCUGCACAACGGGGCGCCGCUGCGGCCAAACGGGCGCGUCAAGGUCCAGGGCGGCGGUGGCAGCCUGGUCAUCACACAGAUCGGCCUGCAGGACGCGGGCUACUACCAGUGCGUGGCUGAGAACAUCGCGGGAAUGGCGUGUGCUGCCGCGUCGCUGGCCGUGGUGGUGCGCGAGGGGCUGCCCAGCGCCCCCACAAGGGUCACUGCUACGCCACUGAGCAGCUCCGCUGUGCUGGUGGCCUGGGAGCGGCCCGAGCUGCACAGUGAGCAGAUCAUCGGCUUCUCUCUCCACUACCAGAAGGCAAGGGGCAUGGAUAAUGUGGAAUACCAGUUUGCAGUGAACAACGACACCACGGAGCUACAGGUUCGGGACCUGGAACCCAACACAGAUUAUGAGUUCUACGUGGUGGCCUACUCCCAGCUGGGGGCCAGCCGCACCUCCACCCCAGCACUGGUGCACACACUGGAUGACGUCCCCAGUGCAGCACCCCAGCUCUCCCUGUCCAGCCCCAACCCCUCGGACAUCAGGGUGGCAUGGCUGCCCCUGCCCCCCAGCCUGAGCAAUGGGCAGGUGGUGAAGUACAAGAUAGAAUACGGUUUGGGAAAGGAAGAUCAGAUUUUCUCUACUGAGGUGCGAGGAAAUGAGACACAGCUUACGCUGAACUCGCUUCAGCCAAAUAAGGUGUAUCGAGUACGGAUUUCGGCUGGUACAGCAGCCGGCUUCGGGGCCCCUUCCCAGUGGAUGCAGCACAGGACGCCCAGUAUGCACAACCAGAGCCAUGUCCCUUUUGCCCCUGCAGAGUUGAAGGUGCAGGCAAGGAUGGAGUCCCUGGUCGUGUCAUGGCAGCCACCCCCUCACCCCACCCAGAUCUCUGGCUACAAACUAUAUUGGCGGGAGGUGGGGGCUGAGGAGGAGGCCAAUGGCGAUCGCCCGCCAGGGGGCCGUGGAGACCAGGCUUGGGAUGUGGGGCCCAUCCGGCUCAAGAAGAAAGUGAAGCAGUACGAGCUGACCCAGCUAGUCCCUGGCCGGCUGUAUGAGGUGAAGCUCGUGGCAUUCAACAAACAUGAGGACGGCUAUGCAGCAGUGUGGAAGGGCAAGACGGAGAAGGCGCCCGCACCAGACAUGCCCAUCCAGAGGGGACCACCCCUGCCCCCAGCCCACGUUCAUGCAGAAUCAAACAGCUCCACAUCCAUCUGGCUUCGGUGGAAAAAGCCAGACUUCACCACAGUCAAGAUUGUCAACUACACUGUGCGCUUCAGCCCCUGGGGGCUCAGGAAUGCCUCCCUGGUCACCUAUUACACCAGUUCUGGAGAAGACAUCCUCAUUGGCGGCUUGAAGCCAUUCACCAAAUACGAGUUUGCGGUGCAGUCUCACGGCGUGGACGUGGAUGGGCCUUUCGGCUCUGUGGUGGAGCGCUCCACCCUGCCUGACCGGCCCUCAACACCCCCAUCCGACCUACGACUCAGCCCCCUGACACCGUCCACGGUUCGGCUGCACUGGUGCCCCCCCACAGAGCCCAAUGGGGAGAUCGUGGAGUAUCUGAUCCUGUACAGCAACAACCACACGCAGCCUGAGCACCAGUGGACCUUGCUCACCACGGAGGGAAACAUCUUCAGUGCUGAGGUCCAUGGCCUGGAGAGCGACACUCGGUACUUCUUCAAGAUGGGGGCGCGCACAGAGGUGGGGCCUGGGCCUUUCUCCCGCCUGCAGGAUGUGAUCACGCUCCAGGAGAAGCUGUCAGACUCGCUGGACAUGCACUCAGUCACGGGCAUCAUAGUGGGUGUCUGCCUGGGCCUCCUCUGCCUCCUGGCCUGCAUGUGUGCCGGCCUGCGCCGCAGCCCCCACAGGGAAUCCCUCCCAGGCCUGUCCUCCACGGCCACCCCUGGGAAUCCUGCGCUGUACUCCAGAGCUCAUCUUGGCCCCCCGAGUCCCCCAGCUGCCCAUGAACUGGAGUCCCUUGUGCACCCCCAUCCCCAGGACUGGUCCCCGCCACCCUCAGAUGUGGAGGACAGGGCUGAAGUGCACAGCCUUAUGGGUGGCGGUAUUUCUGAAGGCCGGGGUCACUCCAAAAGAAAGAUCUCUUGGGCUCAACCAAGCGGUCCGAGCUGGGCUGGCUCCUGGGCAGGCUGUGAGCUGCCCCAGGCAGGCCCCCGGCCGGCUCUGACCCGGGCCCUGCUGCCCCCUGCUGGAACUGGGCAGACGCUGUUGCUGCAGGCUCUGGUGUACGACGCCAUAAAGGGCAAUGGGAGGAAGAAGUCACCCCCAGCCUGCAGGAACCAGGUGGAGGCCGAAGUCAUUGUCCACUCUGACUUCAGUGCAUCUAACGGGAACCCUGACCUCCAUCUCCAAGACCUGGAGCCUGAGGACCCCCUGCCUCCGGAGGCUCCUGAUCUCAUCUCGGGUGUUGGGGAUCCAGGGCAGGGGUCAGCCUGGCUGGACAGGGAGCUGGGAGGGUGUGAGCUGGCAGCCCCUGGGCCAGACAGACUUACCUGCUUGCCAGAGGCAGCCAGUGCUUCCGGCUCCUACCCAGACCUCCAGCCAGGCAAAGUGCUGGAGGAGACCACUGGAGACAGCUGCCAGCUCAAAGCCCCCUGCCCUCUAGGAGCCAGCCCAGGCCUGCCCAGAUCCCCGGUCUCCUCCUCUGCCUAGCUCCUCCCAGAGGGUGUAGUUUGGGGUAGGCAGGUAUGGGUCACACAGGAUGCAACACCUGUGGCCAUGCAUGUCCACAUGUGUGCCUGUAGAUACAUCAUCAAGCCCUUUGGAGCUUCCUAAGAUGCUUUGGCUGGGGGGAGAGGAAAACAUGGAUUAUUCACUCCCCCCAUACUCUUUGUGAUACACAUGUGACAUGUGAAAGACAUACGAGACACAGCUACAUGUGAUGUGCACAUGUGUGAAGUGCAUGUAUGUGUACUGGUUGGUGAGCUGGGAAACCUUGGCCCAGGCAGUGGUCACUACAGCCAGAUUGGUCCUCCAGGUCAGGACGGUGCCCCAGAGUGGUCAGUCCCCAGCCCUGUGGGCCCCCACCUCCAUCACCCAGCCUUUUAUUACACACUCUGAGAGUGUCUCCAAUGCCUGUCUGACAAAGACAGUCCCAGCCCAUUUUCCUGUCUGGCUGGGUUGAGUGCAAGCAGACUCUGAAUGCCUAGCAUUUCAGCUGCAUCACCUCCCAGCUUCUUAUUGCCCAAAAAGAGAGGGUGACCCUGGCUCCCCUCUGAGCAACUCUGCAUUUAAUUUUGUAAUUUGGGAAGUGCCUGGUUUUGAAAAUCCGCUUUCUCUCACUCUUGCCCUCCUUCCUUGCCCCUGGCUGCUCUAGUGGUCUGUCGCCCAGUCACCUCACUCUCCCAGCACCAGUGCCCUUCUCUUGCUCCCAGGUACUCUUUCCUUUCCUCUCUCCUAUUUUCCUUCCUCUGCUAUCUCUCGCACCUCUCCCAGACUGUGUCAUCUGGUUCUCCUGCCUGGGUUCAAACUCUGCACCCUUCUCUAACAACGUGACUACCUCAUGUGUGCUUCAAGGCCCCCGUGCCCCUCCUGUAUCCGCGGCUGCCGUGCGCUCGCCUGCCAUCCUCCUGCCUCCUCUUCACUCAGUGCUUCUGCUUGCCCCGCCCCAGGCAGGCCGCCCACGCCCAGUGCCCGGCCGGUGUGGGGAAGACCUGGCUUCCCUGCAUCUUGACUUUGGGAUUGGGAUCCGAGGGUUCUCCAUGGAUGGAUCCAAGUCAGAGGGGAAUGUUUGAGACAGGGAAGGGGACUGUGAUCCAGAGGCUCAGAAUUAAAAGAUGCCCUCCCUUCUAUGCAGGGGGUCAAGUUUACUGGAUGGAGAUGAUUUGGGGCCUUUCUUCCAGAAGAAGCUAAAUGAGGAGAAGGGGAGUGAGAGUUCAGGGAGGCCCUUCCCACCCUGUGAAGCUUGACUUGAUCUGGGUUGGGGAUGACAGAAAUGUCACUCUCUGGGGUGCUGGCAGGGAGGUCUUUGCACAGGAAAAGGAUUAGCUCAUUUCAGUUUGUUUUUUCUUUAAAUUGAAUCCUCAAGUCAUUUUCUGUUCACCUGCCGCACAGGGACAAGCUUGACUUCUAUUUUAUGUGUAAUGAAAACAAUGUCAUUGAUUUGAUUUUUCACCUCAGCCCUCUCGUAGGAGCAUAGAAAGUUAGGGUCUUUACUCCCUAAUGGUGUCUGAUCGGCACAUCAAGAGUUAACUCUGGCUUCUGAGCCAAAUUCGAAAUAACCAAUCCAUUUUUCCUUUUUUUUUUUUUUUUUUUUUUAAUGGUGAAAUGUCUCUCAGCACAGUUGCGGCUUCCUCAAACCCUGAAAGCAUCUGUGUUUAUUACACUCGGGUGUCACUCACUGUUGAUGUCUGCACCUACAUUUCCACCUCCUCCCCCUCCUUCAGCCAGCCUAUGAUAACACUAAAGAUUAUUAAUGUUGGUUUUGUAUCUCGUUAAAGACAGAAUUGUCACUUGUACUAUUCCUGUAGCAUUCAGCGCUGCUGUGGCUAACACCACUGUGUAUGUUUCAUCAUUGCUCUGAAGGUCAAAAGCCUCAUUUUAUUUUGCUGGUUUGAUUUUUUUUUUUUUUAAGAAGGAAAAAAAAAAACUGCCCUGAAUUAAAUGGCUGUUUUAACAGUAGGCUCUUAGCAUUACACCACAUAGUCAUUUUUCAUGUUCUUGUUUAACAGGCACUGAGGUUCUGGUUUAAAUUAAAUAGCUGCAAAUGAGACAAUUUAUAACCCAUUAGGUUGGGUGGAAAAUUGUUUCUCAAAAGCAAAUAAGUAAUAAAUCUGGUAUCUGCCUAUAACUCACAGUUGAUAAGAAAGUGGCCAUUUCUCACUAGCAUUAUAUAUGAUUUGGGCUCUGGGUAAUUUGGAAGUGUUAGGUUUGUGUCUUUGUAGCAGUAUUUUUAUUAGAAAAGAAUCUAUUGGCCUUUUACAGGGUAUUAAUCCCUUUGUCACCUACCAUUGAUGCCUUAAGUUUUUUGAGUCUCAAUUAAAAAUCUUCCUUUUCUUGAUGCAUGACAAGUGUAAUCAGUACUUGCUCAUUUAUUCAUCUGUAUUUAGUUUAUGCUGUACUAUUUAAUUAUCCUUCCAGCGUUUUUCUUCUCCUUACAAAUAUGAUAUUCUUUAGUGUUAAGCUAAGGCAUUGAUUCAUGUAUCUGUCCUUAUAAUGAAUUAAUAAACUAUUUUCCAGAAAUGUGGAA